AUGGAGAGAAGAAAAGAGGAGCUACAAGCUACAAUUGAGAAGCAGGAUGAUCGUGUAAACCAUCUUCAAACGAGUGCCUUCAACCUUGCAAACUACUACAUUGUCUUCCAAGGAGUUAUUUUGGGGGCUGUCGUCAACGCCACCACAGUCCUCCGAUGCUCAGAUCGUUGGUUCCUUUUCAGCCUCUCUCUAAUAGCAGCCAUACUCAAUCUGGUUUCAUUGCUUGUAAUUGGAGGCAAUUAUAAAAGAAGCGUCAUGCAGAGACACCAUACCAAGAGUGCGCACAUUAAAUUGGAAAACGAUCUGGGGAAGCUAGAAAAUUCAGCUUCAGAUCACGGGCUCAAAACUAAUAUAUUAUCAUACUGGGAGUCGACAAAAAUUGAAGCUUCAGGGCAUGUUACUUGUCAAGAUCCUACAACUGUUGAAAUUAAGGAUGAACCAGAACAAAGGCAGAUCAGAAAGCGGGUCGUGCCGGUUGAUAAUCUUCACAAACAGCUGCGUGAUUUCUACUUUCUACUUUGCAUGGGUCUCUUUGUAUCCUUUGCCGUCAUCGUGGUUGUGGGUUGCUGGACCAUUCCUUGCAAGAAAGCUCUUCAAUGCAUACCCCCCGUAUCCAGCACUGAGAAAUGCAUUAGGGUUUGUGAAGGUACCAAGUGUAUGAGCAUGUGCACCGAAUAG